GCGAUUCAAAUCGAAUUUGGACUUCGUUGCGUUCGGCGGCAAAAAAUAUAACGGGAAAGGAAAUUCGGAACUCGGCUUUUUCGGCCUUUCGGCGCGCGCGUGUGUGUGUGUUAUGUUAUUAUUGCUGCUGCUGUGCGUCGGUGUUCGUGUGUGUGAGCGAGGCGAGGGAGAAAUUGUUAAAUAAACCGGUUCCUUUUUCCGCUUCUGCAAUUGCCUUUUCGUAAUUCGUAAUUCGUAAUACCCAAAAUCGAAAUCGAGCACCGAAUUUGUUUCGCCUGCGCUUUUUUUAUUUUCUUUUCGGUUGGCUCCUGGAUUUUCGGUGCGAAAAUAUAAAUUACAACAACAUCAAAAUCGAAAAUAAAAAGGCAUAAACAUACAUAAGUUCCAAAAUUUUACCAAUUUUUUUUUACUGUGCCCCCCAAAACGAAUACAAAAAUUUCAACGAAUCAGUGAGUGAGCCAAAUCAAGGAGAUUGAGCUGAGAAUUAAAAGCCAGUGCCAAAAAGUGAGAGAAAAGUACGAAGGAAUUCGAGAAACAAAACAAAAGUGGCAAAUUUACCGAAAAAUUUAGUCUGUGAACAAAAAAAAAUAAGGAAGAAAGCAUAACUUUGGAAACUUUGGCGCAUGGUUGGAUGCAGGGCACAGAGUCCAGCUUUCUUGAGACCAGGUGGAAAAACAAAGGUUGGAGCAGCAGGCCGGAGUAAUUGAACGGCAACAUAGGCGGGCAGCAGGCAAGAACAACAACUGGAGAGCGUAAAACAUAAACAGACAGUUUUUAAAGCUCCCACGUUUCAAGGAGUUCGACUUGUUAAAGGAACACGCGCAAUUAUUGCUACAAGUGGAUUGGGAAUAAAGGUUCAAAAGGUGGAGCGAAAAGCGUAACUGGAAAGUUUCUUAAAAAAUUUCGAUGAUGCCCGACGACUCCUGUUGCUGCUGAAACCCCGAAGACUUUGCGACGACGAGAAAGCAGCUUCCGGAAUAGAAUCCUCGAGAGAAACUCCUCCGAUCGACUAAUAUAUAUUGAUUCCAUAAUGUAUCCGGCCAGUGGCAGUGGAGGCAGUGCAGCGACCGCUGCCAAAUUUCAGAAUCGCUGUGGAUCGCCGCAGUUUGCCAGCGAGUAUCCGCACCCACAUCCGCACCAGCAUCCGCACCAGACGACGUCGGUGGCGGUGCACAGUGCUCCGUCGGGAAUGGGAAUGGGAAUGAGCGGAGCUAGCGGUGGUGGUGGUGGUGUUCAGGGUGGAAGUUCCCUGACCAGUGGUGGCUCCAUGUCCAUGCGCCACGGUCAGCGGGUGGUGGCCUCCGCCUCGCACCAGCAUCCCAGCCAGAUGACCCUGAAUCAUGGCGGUCACGGCAUCGGCAUGGCUCACCAUCACGGAGGCAUGGGAAUGGGUCUGGGAUUGGGCCACAACCAUGCCACACUGGGCCAUCCGCAUUCGCACUCGAACAGCAGCCACGUGGGCUCGCACCUGAUCUUCCCCGACGACAUGGAUAGCAUCGAGUUCUGCAUGCCGGCGGCGCCCUCCUCCUCGUCCGCCUCCUCGCAGAAUGGCCUGGGGAUCGGGGACCAGCUGCUCAUGGGCAGCAGCAGUCACGGCGAAGCGUUCACGGAGCGCCGGAGGAGGGGUCACAGUCGGCGCAGCAACCACAAGAUGGACGUCGAGCAGCAGGUGAAGUGGUCUCGCAAGAACAUCGCCGCCACCAUGGAACGUUUUGAGCCCACGCCCAACACACAGUCGUCGUCAUCCACUUCAUCGCUGGACUACGGAUUCGCCGCCGGCGUGAUGACGCCCAGCAGCAGCAGUGCCACGCCCUCGCACGGCGGUGGCGCCUCCAAUCCAUCGCUGCACGUGGCCUUCAAUGGUGGUGGUGGUGGUGGCGGUGGCGUCGGUGCUGUCGGUGGCUCAGCCUCGGGAUCGGGGGCGUGUGGAGCCAGUGGCUCCGGAGCCGCUGCACCGGCGGCGCCCUUCAAUCACGUCUAUUCGUAUGCCUACUACGAACCGGGGGCAGCCAAGUGCCACACGAAUGUGCCACCGGCCCAGGGAUCGGCUGGCUCCUCCAGUUCGGGAUCUGCAUCAGGAUCGGGAUCGGGAUCGGGACAAGGGCAUGGACAUGGCCAGGGACACCAGGGCCACUCGAAGAGUCCGCCGAGGAACUCGAUACGCGCCCUGCUGGCCAAGAGUUUCCGCUCGAAGAGCAGCCACACCCAUGGAGGCGGUCAGUCCACCUCCAGUUCGCCCAGUGCCGAGGAGCGGGACCGGCACACCUACACCACGCGCUACGGCACCACCGAGAAUCUGUACGAGGAGGUUAGCGAGCAGAAGAUCCGCAAGGUGCUCUCCGACAAUCGGAUUGCCAGCGGCUCCUCCAGUGCGGGCAAUGUGAAGGAGGAGCAGCGUCGGGUGCAGCACAACCAUUUCCGGGUGCUAGACGAGCUGAAUCUCUCGCUGGAGGCCCUGAUAAUGCCGCCCACUCCGCCGGACGUGAGUCCCAGUCACGCUCUGGGCGGCGAUGAGCCCAGCACUUCGGUAUCGGUAUCCGCUGGUGCGGUCGGCGGUUCGGCAUCAUCCAGUUCGGUGGCCGGACCCUCGAAGACCCUCGCCCAGCGACCCCGACGUGGUGGCCUUCUGGGCGGAGCCGCCGGGGCCGGAGCCACCUCCAACUCGAGCUCCGCCUCGCAUGCCAGCCUGGAGAACCUGUCGAGCACAUUGAACAGCAUGGAGCUCAAGGAUCACGGCCACAGCAGUUGCAUCAAUCCCGAAUUCGAUGAGGGCGAUCUGGACUCUGGUUUCAGUGGCAGCGGCAGCAGCAGCGGAGCCAGUUACAAUGAGAGUCUGCGCUACUACAAGUCGGCCACGCCCACUGGGCCGCUGCACCACCACCAGCAUAGCCACAAUCACAACCACCAGCAGCAGCAGCAGCAGAUGCUGCAUCACCACAGCCUGAACAACAACACCUUGCCGCACAACCUGCGCAGUUGCCGAUCAUCUACCGCCUCGGGCACUUCCACCUCGAAGAGCAGCAUGGCCAGUUGUGGCGAGGAUCAGGGCAUCGGCAUGACCUUGGCAGUGGGUGGCGUGGGCGUGGGUGGUGGCGGUAUGACUUUGCACGAGGCAGCUGGCGCUGUUGGCGUUGGUGGCUCCAUUUCGCCCUUUAACUAUCCACGCCGCUGUUCAGCGGAUCAGCAGCGUGCCUCGGGCAGAUCCAUGUCCUCCGGUGUGGGCCUUGGACCGGGAGUAGGCGUGGCAGCGGGCGGCAUGGGCGGCGGCAGCAUGAGCAUGAGCAGCAGCAGCAAUGUGGCCCUCUCAACCGGAGCGAAACCCAAGAAGAACUUCUGGACCAUGAAACCGUGAUGCUACAAAAAGGCGCUGCGUCACAUUUGCAAGAAAUGGACUAUUGUUAUGGAAUACAAUACAAAGACUGCCUCAUGCCAUGCCAUCCACUAUUACCACCAACCCAACAGCGGCAGCAGCUACAAUAGCUACAGCAGCCGUCGCCACCAUCAGCAUCAGCAGCU